CUUGUGGCAAGUGUGGAUUCCUUAGAGUUGAGGGGAGCACGGGGAAGGAACACUUGCUGGGGCUUUGUUACUUGUGUACACAAGUGUACACAUAACACAGGUGUGGCCUCCUUACCCGCUCCUCCAGUCACCAGCAGGAGACCAACCUUCACUGUCUGCAUCGUUAGGCUCCAAUUGUGUCUUUAUCCCGGGAGCCAGAGUCCACAGGGAGCAUACGGCCUUGUUCAGUCGUGUCUCCCUACAAGAACAACACCAAUAAAGUUGUGUGGCAGUGGUAAUACAUACUAAUCUAGCAAUAUAUAUAUUGUUUUAAUAAAAGGAAAACGAGCUUUGUUAAAUUGUGCACAAGUUGAGGCUCCGUGGUGGUGGUGGUGCGAGUGAUGGUGCGGGUGCGGGUGGUGGGUCAGGCCGCCCUCCUGCUGGUGCUGGUUGGCUCUCUCCUGCUGCUGCUGUGCUGGAAGGAUGUCAAGCCACUCCUGCCCCUGCCAUCUGUUCCCAACCCCCUGGCGCUCUCUCACACUGAGCCUGAAGAUGGUGGGACGCUCGUGGCCAGUCCGCAGCAGGUGGUGGUGGUGCCCCUCGACACCCGUGAGAAUGACCUACUCUACCGUGCCCCACUGGACAUGGCCUUCAUCUUCACCCACGCUCGGGACAAUCCGACUCUCCAGAGCAAGCUGCGGGUAGCUGUGGGCUCGCUGCUCCGCCUCUCCUCUGCUCCCCUCCGUCUCCACCUCAUAACUGACGAAGACGGCUUCCACAUCGCUAAACAGAUCAUUUCACAAGCUCAGACAUCCAACCAGUUAGAUUCCAGAUACAUUAAGCUGGUGUAUGUCUCGGCUGAUGAUUUCAUCCCAGAGAUUGAAGAUUCUGUAACAAUACUGCAAGAAUUCUUUACAAGAAGGACAAAUGCAUAUUAUCGAGAUGCAUUGUUUUUCUUUUCCUUGCACUUGCACAAACUUCUUCCAGGACUGGAUCGUGUCAUCCUUAUGGAUAUUGAUAUCAAGGUCAGAGGUGACAUAGCAGAGCUACACUCUCACUUUGAACGGUUUAGCACUAGCAAUGUGAUCGGCAUGACGCUGGAGCAGUCUUCUGUGUAUCGCCAUGUGUUGUCUUUGUACCGCAAGCAGCACCCAAAUACUACACUCGGCAGCCCACCAACCAAGGGGGGAUUUCCAGGUUUCAACAGUGGUGUUGUUCUUGUUGACAUCAACAAGCUAAGAAAGUGUGAGGUGAUAAGUAGGUAUCUCUCUAAGUCAAAGUUGACAGAGAGGACGAGCUACUACGGAUUUCAAGGACACUUGGGGGACCAGGAUCUGUACACACUCAUAGCAUUUGACUACCCUGAGUUGUUCUACACACUUCCGUGUGGCUGGAAUCGUCAGCUGUGCACCUGGUGGAAAGAUCAUGGUUAUAGUGCUGUCUUUGAUCAGUAUUUCAAUUGUACAAGUGAACUGAAAAUUGUCCAUGGAAAUUGUAAGACUCCAAUACCAGACUAUUUAUGAUAGACUGUGAUACAUGUCGAAAGAAGGGACCAGGUAAUUUAUAGUUAAAUCAAAGAUGCGGGUAACAUUGCUAGAGAUGCUCAUAGGUGAAAUUCAUCCUUAUUGUUGUGAUUUGUUCAGACCUUUUCUUUGAAUAUUCCCGGUUUCAGAUGAGUGAAAAUAGAAAUGCUAAAUGUUUUAUUCCAUUAAAGUUUUUUGUAUGUGAUUAUGUAGCUCUUAUUUAUUUGUACUAAUGGGUUUUAUGUACUUAGUGUUCACUUUGGAAAAUGUGUGCAGUCUUCUUAGGUUUCAACUCAUGUGGUACACAACUGAAGCUUAUGCUAAGUAAACACCUAAAGAAAAGUGUGUGAAGCAGUCUUAUUCAGGCAGUGUCACUCUUCUCAAUACUGUGGCAUUACAUUUGUAAUUGUGUUUUUAAUAUAUUUGUGUAUUUAUA